CUCUCUCGUAUGCUUGGGGCAAUCAGCACGAUAAGUCAUAUAUUUGGCUCAACGAUGUACGGAUGGAGGUGUCUUGUCACCUAGAAGCGGCUCUACAUACACUGCAUAGCCUGCCAGAAACCGCAUACGGGAUGGGAUACUGGAUUGAUGCGCUCUGUAUAAAUCAGGAGGAUGUUCUCGAAAAGAAUCAUCAGGUCAAACGAAUGAUGAACAUUUACGCGCUCGCUAGAGCUGUUGUAGUCUGGUUAGGGCCUGAGAUGGAAGAAGACGACAAGGCAAUUCGAGCCAUGAACACUACGUAUAGAGACACUUCCCAGAAUAACAAGAUUAUAACACCGCCAUCUUUUGAGGAAAACGACUGGGAUGCGCUCUACAGGUUCAUGAAGAAGCCGUACUGGACCCGUCUAUGGAUAGUACAAGAGCUUGCGGCAAAUCACAAUAACACCCUCUUCCUUUGUGGGACCAAAAGACUUACCAGACAAAUGAUUAAAAUGGCCGCCGAUUGCUGCAACAAACUGCUAAGAGACGAUUCACGCUUUCCCUUAAAGGGACAAAAAGAUAUAUGGUCAAUUUCAAGACGUAUGUAUUGUCUUGUAGAUUUGGAAGUAGAUCGAUCUAUAAACGAUACUCUGGGGAAAGUUUUAGGUCUAUCCCGCGACUCCAUCGCAUCUGAUCCCAGGGAUAAGGUAUAUGGCAUUCGUGGGAUAUUACCUGAGGCGAUUGCUUCUCAAAUCGAGCCCGACUACAGCCACAACAUUACAGCAUACGAGGUUUUUACGUCUCUAACCACAUCGAUCAUCAAAUCAACUGGGAAUCUCAACAACAUUAUCUACGGAGCCAAGUUCUCAACGGGAUGGUCAUCAUGGGUUCCUGAUCAGCACUUGCCCUUCCCUCGUAAUCAUGUCAAAUAUUUACAUCAAUCUAGCGCUUGCGGAAACGAGCGCGCCAGAUUUAUUAUCUUGGAUCAAGAUUCGACACGCAAUCCGACACUAUGCGUGAAGGGGAUACGAGUCGAUGCAAUCGAUGGUAUUGCAGCCUCUCCAACUUUGGAGAAUGAGCCAAUCUACCCAAGACAUACACACGAACGUUACAAAGGCCAGGUCGCCAAUGCAAUUGGCAAAGCUUUGAUUCUUAAUCACCCUAAAGUGCGCAAGAAUCCAGCUUUACUGAAGUUGCCAUGGGAUAUUGAGAACCGGAUUUCUCAAUCAACAUGGUCAGACAUCUUAAGUGAUGAAAAUUUCCAGAAAUUUAGACAAUUCCAAAACAUAAAUAAGGAUUUUCCCAUGAGCGGUCAACCUUUCGAAAGCUAUUUUCCGGCCCAUUCCCAAAAACGGAACAAGGCUCUCGGAUACCAUCUGCGCCUGGCUGUUCUUUCCCUCAUGGGAAGAAAGCUCAUAACAACCACUACUGGAUAUAUAGGUCUUAUGCCAGAAGAUGUAGAGAACGGUGAUGUGAUAGCUGUGAUUUUGGGAUGUGAUUUUCCCGUUCUACUCCGACCGUUCGGGACGGCGUAUCGGGUUGUGGGGGAAUGCUACGUACAUGGAAUAAUGUCUGGGGAAUUCUUCAAAGCACGGGUGCAAAAAGAACCGUACCAAGACUUCGAUCUUGUGUGA